AUGUUAAUAGGCCUCGUCUUUCUCUACGCACUGUGCGUUCUCGGUGUGAGCAAGUGGAAGAUGCGCAGGUAUGCGGCGACAGAGGCAAAGGAGCAGGAGGUAGAGGCAGAGAUAUUUCCGAUGCUACACAAAGACGAUAUCCCAUUCGGCGCACGAGCUUUGGAAAGCGGAAUCGAGAUCGAAGGAAUCUGGAAUUCAAACCCCAACACACCGGUCCCGAGUCCACACCAGCCUUCAACUCCUGUCAGAAGUAGGCCUUCCAGUUUGUCACCAAAGUCGCUGCCUCGAGAUCCCGAGACCUUCAGUACCUCAACAGACUCACAGAGCCCAUUGAUCAGCCCAAAGGCCGUACUACCGGCUAACCAACGAGGAAAUGCGCCCGAGGCCAAUCUACCUCUCAUUCAUAAGGCCCAGAGACCGAGCAACUUGAACCCCCGAGGAAAUCUUCCCGCGAAGCGCAAACGCCUCCCGAAGUCCAUCCUGGUGUCGCCUGCCAGAGAAGAAGCACUGGUUGGCGUCAAAGACCCUGUGGUCAAAGAAAGACGCGUCAGCUUCCAUUCUCGAGUGUUUCCACCGCCCCAACGUCCGGAAGUAGUGGACUACCCAGUGGGCUCCGACGGAACUCAGGAUGAGUCGGGCUUUAUCGCAGCCAUGAUGGGGGUUGAUCCUCAUUCUUCGCCGAAACAGAAGCGAGCUUCACGACUGACAAGUAAGUUGGCCCGAUAUAAUUCGAUGACUGAGCGUGAGACUAAUAAACACUGCCUUUGUACAGAGGGUCUUCGUCGGCGUUCGUCUGAAGAGUUCCGCCGCAAGAUGAGUCAAAUCUUCAAUGACAACAUGGCACUGGAAGUGUCUAGCGAACAGUUGGAAUUCAACCCGGCCUUGCGAGAAUAUAGCAAGCGAAAUUUUCGAAAGUCUUUACUUCGUCCGCUUCGUCCUUGGUUUAACCAUGCGGGGAAUGACUCCGCCGAGGAAAAGGUUGAGCAGCCUUUGUCUUGA